AUGUCCUCUUCGCGAUUCAUUGACCAGGUUGUGUUUGUCACCGGAGGCAGCUCUGGCCUUGGUGCCGAAGCCUGCGAAAUCUUCGCGAGAGAAGGAGCCAAAGUAUUCGCUACAGAUUUAGAAGAGCGAGACAUUUUGAAGAGACUGGGUGCGGGAGUAGUAUAUCGAAAAUGCGACGUUUCCGACCCCGAGGAAUGCAAGACGGCCAUCGAGGCUUGUAUCGAGGAGUUCGGCCGACUGGAUAUCUUGUUUCAUAAUGCUGGCGGAGGUGGCCAGAUUGCUCCGGUACCACAGCUUGAUUUGGCUGCCUUUCAGAAGGUCAUCCAAACAAACUUGUGCUCUGCAUUCUAUCUCGCCAGGGUGGCCAUUCCGCAAAUGCAGAAACAGAAGAAAGGUGUCAUCGUGAACGUUGGGAGCACGUCAGGGUUAUUCGCAGAUUAUGGACUGUGCGCAUAUAAUGCUGCCAAGGCAGGCAUCAUAAACCUUUCGAAGGCUAUGGCUUUGGACCAUGCUAGAGAGGGUAUCAGAGUGAAUGUGGUGUGUCCUGGAUACAUGAUCACUCCGUUGACAAGCAAAUUCCGAGAGCACCCACAGAUCUUGGAAGAACUUGAGACUACGAUUCCCCUGGGACGGGGCAGCCACCCGUCAGAGGUCGCAAAAGCAGUAUCUUUCCUAGCAUCUGAUGAUGCAUCAUAUGUAAACGGGGCAUGCCUUGUGGUUGAUGGGGGUUGGACAUCACAUUCUGGCGCUCCAAAUUUCGUCAAAUAUUUAGGAUCACAGGUCAGCUAG